AUGCCUCUGACAAUGAUGGUUCAUGGACUGCCAAUUGACAUGGUUGUUCGGUUGAUCUACACCAGCUCUGGCCUAGCUCUAUUUGCCCAUACGUCCAGCGCUAUUCACAUCUGUGGAAAUGGCAGCGCAACUGCAGAUGUAGCGCCUCGGUUGUGGCAACCUCCUAGUAGAACACUUAUGACCAAUGACAUUAAUGGUAAACCAACUGAAGAGUCUGUUGCAUGCAUUGAUUUAUCCAAAACUGAUUCUUACAUUAUCUCUGCCUCUAGUGGAAAGGUUUCCUUGUUCAACAUAGAGACAUUCGAGAUUGCUUACUUGUCUCAAGUCAUGGCAAUGUUCAUGCCCCCACCUCCAACAGCUACCUUUUUGGCGUUCCAUCCUCAAGAUAAUAAUAUUAUUGCCAUUGGGAUGGAGGAUUCUACGAUUCAGAUAUACAAAGCCAUUGGGAUAAAGGAUUCUAUGAUUCAGAUAUUCAAUGUUAGAGUUGACAAGGUCAUAAUCAAACUUAAGGGUUACCAAAAUCGAAUCACAGGGCUUGCAUUUGCUCAAACUUUAAAUGCACUAGUGUCUUCAGGGGCUAAUGGGCAACUAUGUAUGUGGAGCAUCGAUAUAUGGGAGAAGCUGAAAUCAAGGUUCAUACAAGCACCAGCUGGUUGUCAAUCCCCUUUGUGGUCUCCAAAAGAUACACUCCCUGCUCCCAUUUCAAGUGCAAUAUAUUCAUGUGAUGGUUUACUGGUGUAUGCCGGUUUUUGUGAUGGUGCUGUUGGAGUUUUUGAUGCGGACAAUUUAAGGCUCUGA